GUGUAUAUACGCAAACAUGCACUUGGGAGCCCUAGGAUAGACUCCACAGUAUUAUCUUGAUUCUGAUCUCUCAUAUUUGCUAGUCAUGGAUCAAUCCCUUUUCAAAGAUCUCACCACCUCUCGUGGAAUAAAAUACCACUACUUCUACUCUCCUCCUACUGAUGUGGCCAAGCCCGUGUUGCUGCUUAUCCACGGUUUCCCGUCUACGUCGUACGACUGGCAUCGCGUCACGCCCUUCUUCCUCAAGGGUGGAUUUGGAGUGCUUGUCCCUGAUUUGCUGGGUUAUGGUUUGACAGACAAGCCGAAGGACACUGCAGAGUAUGUUGCGAGCAAGGUCUGCAAGGACCUGAUCGAUAUCCUUGAUUUUGAGAAGGUCGAGAAAGUCGUAGCUGUUGGUCACGAUUGGGGCUCAAAAGUAGUAUCUCGUCUUGCGAACUUCUACCCAGAGCGUUUCCUCGCCUUUGCAUUCUUUGCGGCUUCCUAUAUUGCUCCAGCAACAGUGUAUGAUUACCAAAAGCACAUUGAAAUGUCGCGUAGCACCGUGGGACAUGAUCAGUUUGGCUACUGGGAGUUCUUCGCGGAAGAGGGAUCGGAUAAGGUGAUCGAGCAACAUUGGGAUUCUUUCCACAGUAUAAUAUUUCCACAUGAUCCGUUGCUGUGGAGAUCCAACGUGGCACCAUUGGGAGCGUUGAGAGUAUGGGUGCAAGCUGAUCGCAAAGGUUCCCUUCCGCACUAUCUUACUGAAGAGGACAAAGCUCAACAAUCUAAGAACUUCUUGAGAGACGGCAUUCGGGGAGGCCUGAAUUGGUACAAGCUUAUGAUUGACAAGCCUUCACUUGGCGCUGAGGAUGACAAAGCUAUCCCGAUUUCCCGCUACGACAUCUCUCACCCUACCUUUUUCGGCGCCGCUUUACAAGACCAAAUUUGCGUGGCGUCUCUUGGACGUGCUGCAAUGGGGAAGCACUGCACCAAUGCGACGAUACGUGAAUUUGAUGCUGAUCAUUGGGUGAUUUUGUCGCAUGGAGAGGAAGUUGCGGAUGCUUUGACGCAGUGGGUUUUAGAGGAGGUGUUGAAGGAGUAGGAGAAACUCGGAAACACGGAGGACUUGCUUGAAACGGUGCGAACGAGGACAAGGGCAGAUGGUUAUUUUGAAAGGAAUGUGCUUCCUCUAUGAUUUCAUUUCCGCUUUUUAGGGAACAUGUAUAACAGGCAAUGGUGCACUAUCAUGUGAAGUAUAUUCCUGGACCCAGAGGUUCCAGGUUUCCAUUUCGACAUUGAGGUUUUUUUUUUCUUCCCGGAACUUUUAUACCUCUUAUGUACCGAUCUGCAUGACUCGCCUUCAUUUGUAAGCAAUUCGUAUGUCUUGAUUGAUACCGCUGCCUCUUUAUUCUCAUUUCCUUUGCUUUCCAUUCAAUAUAGUGGCUUGCAUGGUAGCAGACAGAGCCAGAUCCUGAC